AUGAAACCCUAUGUAGACCUAUACAAUUGGGAUGGGAUGGAGUUCUCUACAAGUAUUAAGGACAUUUCCAAGUUUGAAAAGAAUAACCCUGACAUUGCGGUAAGCGUAUUGUACGUAAUGGGGAAGAAGAUCAACAUCCUACGUCGCUCCGAAUACAACAUUAGGCGCAACAAGCAGGUUAAUCUGUUGCUUAUCAACGAUGAUAAAAAGAGACAUUAUACGGCGGUCAAAAGUCUUUCGCGACUUCUGGGUAGUGAUACCUUGAAAAAUACGGCAAAAAUGCACUUCUGCCUAAACUGCUUACAGGCCUUUCCCACAAUUGAAUCGAGGGACAAGCACCAUGGCUACUGCAAGGACCAUGACGCAGUCAAGAUCACAAUGCCAACAGAGGCCAAAAAAUGGCUAUAUUAUAGGGAUGGACAACAGCAAUUCAAGGUUCCCUUUGCCAUCUAUGCAGAUUUCGAGAGCCUACUAGUCCCGAUAGAAGAUGCAAGAUUUAAAAAGACUAAAAAGCUAAGCAAGCAUGUACCAUGCGGCUGGUGUACCUAUAAUACAUUUGCAUAUGGGGAUGUAGCAGACCCUCUAAAAGUCUACAGGGGUGAGGACCGUGUGACAAAGUUCGUAAACCAUCUGGAGGAUAAGGUGAAACGUCUCUACCAUACCUACCCGCAGCGGGACAUGCUGCCUCUAACAGAGGUCCUAAAAAGGGAACAUGAUGAGGCAUCGAAAAUCCAUAUCUACCUAAAGCCCUUCGAUGAUAACGAGAAUAACUGCAAAGUUAGGGACCAUUGUCACUAUACUGGGCAAUAUAGGGGUGCGGCCCAUAACAGCUGCAAUAUCAAAUACAAGAUACCCAGCCGUAUACUCGUGAUAUUCCACAACCUAUCGGGGUAUGAUACCCAUCUCUUUAUCCGGGAAUUAGGUGAAAAAUAUGACACUCAGGACAUUGGUUGCAUAUCGGAGAAUACCGAAAAGUACAUCAUUUUCAACGUGAAAAUCAAGGUACCCCUUGGAGGCAUGGGAUAUGGUGAUGGGGAAAAGUACAAGACAAUAGAGAUCAGGUUCAUAGAUUCCUGUCGGUUCAUGGCAUCAAGCCUGGACAAAUUGGCAAGCAACCUCAACGAUGAACAGUGUAAAAAUCUUUGUUGGUUUUUCAAUGAGGAUGACACGUUCCAGCUCAUGCACAGAAAAGGCGUCUAUCCGUAUGAGUACAUGGACGGAUGGCAGCGAUUUGAGGAGAUAGAACUGCCACCAAAGGAGGCCUUUUACAGCAAGCUGAAUAUGAAGGAGGGUGAUAACGUCACCAUGGGAGACUACCAGGAUGUGUACCUCAGCACGGACGUACUGCUAUUAGCCGACGUCUUCGAGACGUUUCAGGACGUGUGCUUAAAAAACUACAAGGUUGAUCCUGCUCACUUUUACAGUGCACCUGGAUUAGCUUGGAAAGCAGCACUCAAAUUUACAGGAAUCAGGCUAGAGCUCCUUACAGACCCCGACAUGCACCUGAUGUUUGAGAAGGGUAUUCGAAGAGGUACAACCCAGGCUGUACACCGGUAUGCCAAAGCAAAAACUAAUUACAUGGGAGACCAGUACCAUCCGGGCGUUGAAUCAUCCCACCCACAGUACCUCGACGCAAACAACCUAUACAGAAGGGCGUUGCGUUAA